CAUUGCGUCGAGCACGCCCCGCGACAAACCCACUCGUCCAAGAUGAAGCUAUUAGCACCGCUCCUUCUGGCCUCGGUAUACAUGACGGCUGGCGUCGUGGGGCAUGGUCGCCUCAUGGAUCCGCCAUGUCGCGCCUCCAUGUGGCGCCUCGGUUACGACACCCCCGCGGACUACAACGACAAUCAGCUGUUCUGCGGAGGAAAAUAUCACCAGCAAACAGAAGAAGGCGGCAAGUGCGGCAUCUGCGGAGACCCGUACGACGAACCCCAGCCACGCACUCACGAGAUCGGCGGACGCUACUACAAGGGCUACCUGGUCCGGAACUACACCGUCGGCUCGGAGAUUGACGUGACCGUCCAGAUCACCGCCAACCACCUGGGAUAUUUCCAGUUUAAGAUGUGCCCCAUCACUGGCAACACGGAAGCCACGCAAGAGUGCCUCAAUAAGCACGUGCUGAAGCUGGCCGGCUCGGACUCCACCGACUACUACAUCCCCGCCGAGACGGGCUCGUACACAGCGAGGAUGCAGCUACCUUCGGACCUCGAGUGUGAGCACUGCGUGCUCCAGUGGCGGUACCACGGCGGUAACGACUGGGGCAUGUGUCCGGACGGCACCGGCAAGGUGGGCUGCGGCCCGCAGGAGGAGUUCUACGGCUGCGCAGACGUCUCGGUCCGCCAGCCGGCCGCCGCGAGGCCCGUCCUGGCCAAGGCGGGCGUCUGGGGCCACGGUCGCCUGGUCGAUCCGCCGUGUCGAGCCACCAUGUGGCGACAGGGCUACGAUACGCCGGCGGACUACAACGACAACCAGCUGUUCUGCGGCGGAAAGGACCACCAGCAGGCGGACGAAGGCGGCAAGUGCGGCAUCUGUGGAGACCCGUACGAUGAGCCCGAGCCGCGCACCCACGAGAUCGGCGGACCCUACUACAAGGGCUACCUGGUCCGGAACUACACCGUCGGCUCGGAGAUCGAAGUGACUGUCCAGAUUACUGCCAACCACCUGGGCUUCUUCCAGUUCAAGAUGUGCCCGGUGACUGGAUUCCAGACAGAGGCCACACAGGAAUGCUUAGACAACCACCUCCUGAGACUGGCCGGGUCGGACUCGACCGAGUACCACAUCACGGAUGAGGUGCGCCCCUUCACGGUGAAGCUGCAGCUGCCCGCGGGCCUCGAGUGUGAACACUGCGUCUUCCAGUGGCGGUACCACGGCGGUAAUGACUGGGGUGAGUGUCCGGACGGCACCGGCAAAAUGGGCUGCGGCGCGCAGGAGGAGUUCUACGGCUGCGCAGACGUUUCCGUGCGCAAGUCAGCUGACAGCAAGCCCAUCGCCCCCAAGCCUCUGACGAAGCUGCAGUAG